AUGCUCGCCAAGCUCGCUGGGCUGCACGUCACGGCCGCCUGCGGCGCGCGCAACCUCGGCUUCGUCGGCGGCCUCGGCGCCGACGUGGCGCUCGACUACAAGACCCUGGACAUCGGGGAAGAAGUACGACGCCGUGGCGCACUGCGGGCCGCCGGCGCCGUGGUCGACGUUCAGGGACGUCCUGGCCGACGCCGGCGGCGCCGUCGUCGACGUCAAUCCUGGAGAGUGGCCGCCACCGCCACGGCGUUCCUGCACAAGGUGACGUUCUCCAAGAAGAGGCUCGUGCCAUUGAUCCUGAUGCGCAAGAAGGAGGAGAUGGAGUGGCUGGUCGACAUGGCCAGGCAAGGGAAGCUCAAGACCACCAUAGACUCCACGUACCCUCUGAGCAGAGCGCACGAGGCUUGGGCUAAGAGCAUGGAAGGCCACGCCACAGGCAAGAUCAUUGUAGAAAUGGCGAGCACAGAUUGA